AUGUCCGACGCGUAUGGCAGCCCCCGCAAUUCUCAGCGCACCACUCGUGCUUCAUUUUCUAGUUCUCCACAUUCCGUAACGCCGCUGGCACGUGCGCAAUGGCCUUGGGUCCAGACAGCCUCUGCACGCAACAUCAGCUGCCGCUCAGUCGUGGACUGCUGGACCAUCGCGACAACCAACAAUGCAACCAACUCCGUCGUCGAGGAUUACAGCAUUCGCCAGUGGACAUUCUCGGCAUUCGAAUGGACCAUUCCCAAUGUUACAGAGCUGAGGCGGUUUGUCGAGGAGCAAAACGGAGUCACACCACUUCGAAGCGACGAAAGUCAACCAGGUCAACCUAGUGAGAUUCCUAGGAUUCUCCAAGAGACGCCUCUCGUUGGUGACGGCAAGUUCAAACUGGAAGUGAAUCGUGCUCUCACUGGAGACGACAACACAUCAACGACAGGCACCUACCCACCACCAAGCGAUUCUGGUCCUUCAGAAUUGCUCAAUAUUUCAUCUUCAGCAGACACGCCCCCUGCGACGCUCUCUAUAUGUCUCACUUCAUUGCAACUGGACUAUUACCCAGAAUGCGAACUGUCCACCACUAUCAUGGUCGGAGUCAAGGCCAACACCAACUUUUCAGGCCAACGUGGAGCCAGAACACAGUUUAUUUGGGAAGCAUGGGAGGACUUUGUUUUCCGCAGGGGAAGCGAGUUCUGGGAAUGUUCCCUGCCCGCGUUAGGAAAACUACUCGAGAACCCCCACAUCGCUGCGAGUGAUGCAUUUACACUCUCAAUUCAGAUUCAUACCCCUCUCGGUCCAUACUAUCCUCAACAACCAUCUGCGUACUACGUACCCAAGGAUCUUCUGGACGGAGUGGAGGCAUCCUUGGACAAUGCAAACACCGGGGAUGUACAAUUUGUAUGUCUGGAGCGCUUUAUUCCGGAUGAAGGUUCACAGGCGACAUCCGUUGAGCACCGAAGGGACUCGUCUGCAUCGUCUUCUGGUUCGCCAUCCUUUACCGCUCGCAAGCGAAUCAUCUAUGCACAUAGCGACAUCCUCGUCCGUCGCUCAGAGUAUUUUGCAACUCUGAUCUCUUCUUCAUUCCGUGAAAACGCCCCUGGCUCUGCCAUGCUGGAGCGAGAGCGUGGCAAGACUAUGCACACCAUCGUUGUGGAGGAAGCCGACUUCGUCACCGUCUACUGGCUUCUCAAGUACCUCUACUGUGAUUGGCUUCUCUUCCGGGAACGAGACGAUCCCAGAGCGGCCGUCGAUGGGAUUGGAGCAGGAUGGAGUGCUCGUUGGCUUUCUCAAGGCAACGAAUGGGAAUGGAAGACGCUUUCAUCAAAGACACGCCAAUUUGAGGACCAGAUCGAUAGGGAGGACGAUGGGACGUCCAAGAGCGUAACCUCGGAAAGCGCAACGAGCAUCGUCAGUGGGGUGUCUCAACCGAGCAAGGGUAUCAAUGCUCUUUCUCCCAGCUCAUCCGCUAGAACGCCAUCUAGAGUCAGCAACUCUUCUCAUCUCCGCACAUCCAGCAGCCAUGGUAGCACAUCCGCGCAAAGGAAGCCCGCUAAACUGGUCACUUCUGGCGUUCCCGUAGUGCCCCCACCGCGCUCGCCUUCGGCGUCUGCCCGCUCGUCUCCACCACAUGGACUGUACUACUCUAUGUCUCCUUCGCAGACUCGUGCACACUCCAACCGAGUGAUGGACCCGCAUCCUCAUCCAACGCCGUCCCCAAUCGCUGCGUCUGCGCUGAGUAUUUAUCAGAUAGCGCACAGAUAUGGUAUCCCCGGACUACAGCAGCUCGCAUUGGACCAUAUGAUGAGUACACUCUCCCCGCCUACUUCCUUCCCUCUGUUGUUGGCCACUUGCUUCUGGACAGAGUUGCACGGGAUGGUCCAGGAUUAUGUUGUCGAAAAUUGGCAAGCUGUGUCAAGUAGCGACGAGUUUGAGUCGUGCUGCCAAGAGGUCGCCACCGGAGAAUGGGGCACAGAGGGGGGAAAGACGCUCGCGUCCCUGUUCCGUAGACUUCAUUCACCCAGUUCCAUCCGAUAUGCACCUUCGUGA